GAUUUUAAUUCAGUUUACAAAAAUCAGUGUGUUAUUACUCAUAUAUUGAGUUUAUAUAAUUUUCCUGUAAAUUAGAUAGAAUUCAUAGCAACAAAAUCAUGAAAUUGAUGUCGGCUCUCUUGCUUAUUUAUUUCGCACUUGCUUCCGAGAAAAUUGCUUGUGACAUUAUAAAAGCUGAAGCGGUCGCGUUCCGUUGGCCGGUGGCAACUGCGCGUUGUCCUGACGGUACGAAACUAUUGGGUGGUGGAGGAAAUUGUGAAAGUGUGGUUGCAGGUAUUGGCUGGGUGUUUAUAGCUGGAAGUCAUCCGGUCAAUAACAUUGAAUGGACCGUGCGCUGUGAUACACCACAAAGUCAAAACGUUAGGGCGCAAAGUUUUGCUAUUUGUUCAAAAAGCGAAAGAUAUUAAUAAUUUUAUUCAAUUCGCCGUUGUCAAUAAAUGAAUGUUAUUUCACUGAAAAUAAA